ACGGACGGAGUCCUAAAUUCCAGAAUUGGCACUAGCCGACUGACAAGCUGAUGUAUUCCCUCACUCCCAAUACGAAUUUCGCUAUAAAUUUUUUUUUUUUCUAUUCUUCUUGCUGGCUUUAUGAAUUGAAGAGAUUCCGCAAAUGGGGUUCUUUGACUACUUUAGAUUGCAUGAAGUCGGCUACGGAAGAGUCCCCAAUCCGACGACGUACGUGCGACCGAAACGAUGGCGUAUACUGAGCAUGUUCAAGUGGGCGGUCGUUGUAGGAGUGUUGGCCGUUCUGACAUUCUUCGCCAUUUGCAAUCUGCAACUCAAUGUGCGUAUCUAUCUUCGUAAUUGGAUCUCGCAUUCAGACAAUUUGUAUUAUCGGCCACUGGCGGGCUGCUUUGACGGAUUGCCACCCGACAGUCCUUACCUUCGCGGCGACGGAGGCUAUGAAAACGAUCUUUCGCCGGGCAUCAGUCUCAUGGAGGAUUACGAUUGUUAUGAUUACGCUGCUACGUUGCAACCGGUGCCUACGACGAGCCAUCAAAAGACCAUCUUUCACGCUUACUGGCGAGCGGAUUUAGCUCCGGUGGGACCGAAACAGUUGGCCACGUUACGCUCCUUCUUUGCUACGCAGAACCCGAAUACAACCAUGAUUUACUUGUGGUCCAAUGGCGAUCUGUCGCCGAGUCCAGUGAUCAAGGAAAUUCAAUCCCACGUUGGUGAUCGACUUCAGACCAAAUUGUACGAUCCGAAAGAACUUUCCAAAGGCACGCCAAUGGAAGGUUCGCCUCAUCUUGAUUUGAACGAUGCAAGUGGUUACCUGGAUGGCGACCUGCUCCGACUUUUGGUCGUCUAUCGAUACGGUGGCAUGUGGUUCGACAUGGACUCCCUGUUUGUUCGUGAUGUCUCACCGCUCCUGGAGCAGGAAUGGUUAUCGCAGUGGGAUUGUUUCUUGCCCAAUUCAUUUCCAUUCAACGGUGCAUUUAUGCGAUUUCACAAGGAGUCUCCUUAUUUGUGCGAGAUGCUGAGUGAAGUGGCGAACGGACCACUUCCUCGUCCAAACACCAUUGACUGGGGUGGCUACAUGUACUAUCGGAUCUAUCGUCGUCUUUUGCAUCACCGUAUUCGCCCUUGGACAGUGCUUCCAUGGUGUUUUACCGAUCCCAUGGUUUGCGCUCCCCGAAAUAGCAUGCCCAAUGCUUUCAUUGAAACCGAGUUCCCCGAAGACCGAUUACUACAGACGUUUGCCUAUCAUUGGCACAAUCAGUGGAAAAAGGAACCGGGCUCCUUAUUCCGAUUUCUGGAAACUAGACAUAAAAACGUCACCGGAUGGUAAACCCCAUAGCAUCAUCCUUCUUAUUUUUGUUUUAUUUUCCUCCUUCCUUUCUCCUGUAUCCACCAAACUUUUCCCUAUUUUUCAUUUUUCAUCGCACCUCUUAUAGUCUAUAAUGAACUAAACUAUAUCCUAUUUUCAUUUUUACACCAAUAAAAAGCUUUUUGGUAAUU